AUGGGGGCAUUACAGCCUGGAUUGCCUUCCCCUGUAGCCAUUCCUAAAAAAUACUUUAAAAUUGUUAUAGAUAUUAAAGACUGCUUUUUUUCCAUUCCCUUACACCCUAUGGAUUGUAAACGAUUUGCCUUCUCCAUACCCGUUGUAAACCAUAUUGGCCCCAAUCCCCGAUUUCAGUGGAGAGUAUUGCCCCAAGGCAUGGCUAAUUCACCCACCUUAUGCCAAAAAUAUGUAGCUCAAUCCAUUGAUCCAAUCAGGGUUCAAUUUCCCACAGUUUAUAUUGUACAUUAUAUGGAUGAUUUACUGAUAGCUGGAAAAACUGAGGAUGAGACACAAAGAGUUGCUCAAAUAAUUGUUAAGGCCCUUUUGGAUAGAGGAUUUUCCAUAGCCCCAGAUAAAAUUCAGACCCAAUACCCCUUUUUAUUUCUAGGAUUUGAGUUAUGUCCAGACCUUCUAUAUACACAAAAGAUCCAAAUUAGGAGAGACACUCUUCAGUGCCUUAAUGAUUAUCAAAAACUUUUGGGGGAUGUUAAUUGGCUGCGGCCAUAUUUAAAAAUAACAAAAGGAGACCUGCGCCCCCUUGAGGACCUCCUUAGAGGAGAUCCUGAUCCCCUCUCCCCUAGACAUCUUACUAAGGAGGCCGAAACGGCACUAAUUAAGGUUGAAUCAGCCAUAGCUCAACAAUAUACAGGAUACUUUGAUCCGGGUGCGCCCCUAUAUUUAGUCAUCUUUUCCACAGAAUUUGCACCCACUGGCCUACUCUGGCAGGAGUCGGUGCCCUUGCUUUGGGUACACCUUCCCAUGGCUAAAAGAAAAAUUCUCCCCACUUAUCCUUCCCUGGUUUGCCAAAUAGUUAUGAGAGGAAUAACUUUAUCUACACGUUAUUUUGGAAGAGACCCUAAUUUUGUUAUCACGCCAUAUGAUGAGGGGCUAAUCAAAUGGUUGUGUACCCGUGACCCUGAUUGGGCUGUUCUUAUUUGCUCCUAUUCCGGAGAAUUUGAUACACAAAUGCCAAGUAAUAAACUUCUUCAGUUUUUCUCCCUCACCCCUUUUGUAUUUCUUAAAAAUACCCAGGAAAAGCCCAUCCCGACUGCCCCCACUAUUUUUAUUGAUGGGUCAAAAAAUGGCAAAGCUGCUUAUGUUCUUAACAAACAACAACAUGUUAUAGAAACCUGCUUUAAAUCAGCACAGCUGGUAGAAUUGUUUGCUGCCAUUACUGUUUUUGAUAAAUAUAAAGAUAGCCCUUUUAAUUUGUAUUCAGAUAGCAAAUAUGUAGUUGGGGCUUUACAGACUUUGGAGAUGGUUCCUAUAAUUCAGCCUACUACUCCUACUUUUCAAAUGUUUUCUGAGUUACAAAAACUGAUUCGACAGAGGUCAACACCCUUUUAUGUGGGUCAUAUCCGUGCCCACACAGGUUUGCCCGGACCUCUGGCUCAAGGAAAUGAACUUGCCGAUUUGGCCACACGUUCUGUUUUAAUUUCUCAUUUAGAGUCUAGCCAGGUAACAGCUGCACGUGAGGCUCAUCGCCUUCAUCAUCUUAAUGCUCAGACUUUGAGGCAAAGGUUCUCAAUCACCCGAGAACAGGCUAGGGAAAUUGUAAAAGGCUGUAAAAAUUGCCUAAUGCUUUUACCUGAACCCCAUAAUGGAGUAAACCCUUGGGGGCUCACGCCUGGACAGCUGUGGCAGAUGGAUGUUACCCAUGUUCCCUCAUUUGGCAAAGUCAAAUUUAUACAUGUUACUAUAGACACCUUUAGUGGGUUUAUCUGUGCCUCUGCCCAUAGUGGGGAAGCCACCAAGGAUGUUAUUAAUCAUAUGUUAUAUACAUUUACAGUAUUGGGCCAACCAAAGAGCAUAAAAACCGACAAUGGCCCGGGAUACACUAGUAACAAAUUUAAACAUUUUUGCUUACAGUUAGGAAUUAAACAUGUUACAGGGAUACCUUAUAACCCACAGGGUCAGGGCAUUGUGGAAAGGGCCAACCAAACGCUUAAAAACACUUUACAUAAGCUACGCUCGCAAGAAACUCUGUUUCCUUUUAAAGGAAAUCAAAAGGCUUUGCUUUCUCAUGCUCUCUUUGUUUUAAACUUUCUAACGUUGGACGCCUUUGGAAGGUCUGCUGCGGAAAGGCAUUGGCACCCAAAAACUCAACAAGGGUUUGCCCAGGCCCUUUGGAGAGAUCCCAUUACAGGAAAAUGGAAUGGGCCUGACCCAAUUAUCAUUUGGGGAAAAGGAUCUGCAUGCGUUUAUGAUUCCAAAGAAAAUGGAGCCAGAUGGCUACCCGAAAGAUUGGUUAAACUAUAUGCUAAUGUUAAUGAUUCAAACAACAAUGCCAAUAAACAUAAUGAUAAAUAG